UAAGAGUCAGAUCAGCAGAAACAGAGAACACGGACAUGUCUGCUGUAACUGCGUCACUCUGCUCCACGCUGAUGUUUGUCCUGUUCGUCUCUGCAGACCAGAAAAUCAUCACAGCUGAGUCUGGACAGGACGUCACUCUGACAUGUCGAGCUCCAAACAGUGAGAUCAGAGUUGUAGAGUGGAGCAGAGCUGACCUGGGAGACAAAUAUGUGCUUUUGCACUGGGAUGGUCACUUUGUUCCAGACAAGCAGCAUCCAUCUUUUAAGAACCGGGUGGAUCUGCAGGACAGACAGAUGAAGGAUGGAGACGUGUCUUUGAUUCUGAAGGAUGUGAUGAUUAAUGAUGCUGGAACAUACGAGUGUCAUGUCUUCAUGGAACAAACAGGCUUAUGGCACUUCAGCAGCAUCUGCCUGAGUGUUGUUGAUCCUCCAGGUCAGACAGGAGGACAAGAGAAGGAUGAAGACAACAAAGAUGGAGGGAAGACGAAUGGAGUAAAGAAGGAGGAUUUACCUGUUCAGCUGUUUGUAAGCUCAGACUUGUUCUGUGAGGAUUGA